AUGACCCCCAAGAAACACGAAGCAGUUUCCACCAUUGAUCCCCAAGUAGACAAUGUAAUUUCCGAUGGCCAGAGGGCGCAAGCAAGUGACAUCCUUUCCACGACUUUCAACGGGGCCCGUGAAGCCUUUUUGGAGUCGGAGGUUGGGACAACUUCCAAGGAGGUGGAGGAGCUGAAAGCCGAGGCGAAGACUUUCACCGACCGACUGAAAAAGUUAGAGGCCGCGAGAGCCAAGGAGAAAGCUUCCUACAAGGAGUCGACGAAAGACCGGGAGCUCACGGUGCAGGUCGUGAAGAAAGCCAAGGGCAUCGUCGAGAGCUUUUACCAGACGAAGGAUCCCCAGGGGCUGGUCCAAGUGCACGACCACAAGGUGGAUGCAAGUGAUGAGCCCAAGAAGGAGAAGAAGGCUCCCCCAGAGACUUGGACCCUGGGCAGCUCCAGGAAAGGUGGCCUUGGCCAGUCCGUCAUUGCCAUGCUCGACACGAUCAUGUGGGACUUCCAGAAAGAGCAGAAGGAUGCGGAGAAGGCGGAGAAGAAGGCCGAUGAUUCUUUGGACAAGAUCCGAGAGGACACGACGAAGCUCUUCGACAAGAAGCUGGCGCAUGUGUCGCGGCUGCUGCAGGAGAAAGCCAGGAACGCCGAGGAACUGACUCAGGUUAAGGCGGACUCCGAUUUGAAGACCACUGCGCUGACGGCCACAUCAGGGGCCCUCUCCAAGUUGGAGAAGGAGUGCACUGACCUCCUCGCCAACUUCCAGAAGGUCGAAAAGGAGAGGAAGAGGCAGAUCUGGCAGCUGAAGGACGUGGCUGACAUCCUCUCCGGGGCGACCGUGGGGGCCCGCACGGGCGUGACUGCGGGGCUCUUGGCUCUGGAGUCCCUGCAAGCCUGA